CAAAGCUGCGAAUCACGCAGAUAACACAUAUCAAAUUAUAUACUAACCUCUCAAGAAUGUCCACCAUCACGGCUUCUUACAAUGUGACUCCGAAUGAGCCAACUCCAAACGUUUCUUUGUGGCUUUCCGAGAGUGACCAAGUUGCACGUUGGAGUCACACCUCCACCAUCUACAUUUACAAAGAAAACCAAACCCAAAACGCCCUUGAGAGAAUGAGGGAUUCUCUAAGCAAAAUUCUUGUGCACUACCACCCUUUGGCCGGUCGAUUGACUUGGUUAGAGGGUGGUAAAGUAGAACUGAAUUGCAAUGGAAAGGGAGUGACAUUGAUUGAAGCCGAAUCACAAAAAACAAUGGAUGAUUAUGGCGAUUUUGCGCCGAGCGAAAAGCUGAAGAAUGAACUCAUUCCUCCGGUUGAUUACUCUCAACCCAUUGAGGAGCUUCCCUUGUUGCUUGUUCAAUUAACAAGGUUCAAAAAAGGAAGCAGCAACAAUAAUAAUAAUAACCAAUUAGGCCUUGCAAUUGGAGUGGCUUUUUGCCAUGUUUUGUGUGAUGGGUUAGCAGCCAUAAGGUUCAUUAAUGCAUGGGCAAAGCUUACUAGAGGGGAAGUGUUGGACUCAAUUGAAAUGUUUCCGUUUCUUGAUAGAACAAUCAUGAAUUCCACAUACCCACCAAGGGCUCCACGUUUUGAUCACCCUGAGUUGAAGCCUCUGCCUCUCAAACUAGGCACCACUGACACCAUAGAAGAACAGAAAAAGGAGAAAACUGCUGUGAUUUUGAGACUCACUUCACAGCAAGUGGAGAAAUUGAAGAAGAAAACCAAUGAUGAACGACCUCAAAAAGAAGGUAUUACAAAAACGUUACGACCAUAUAGUAGAUACGAAGUUAUUGCAUCACACAUAUGGAGAUGUGCAUCAAAGGCACGUGAGCUAGAAGAUCUUCAACCAACCGUGGUAAGGGUAAGUGCGGACAUUCGCAAUAGGCUAAACCCUCCCCUCCCAAGAAACUACUUUGGCAACGCAUUGGCCGUGGCAUUGACACCAAAAUGUCACACUAAGGAACUCAUAACAAACCCAUUAAGCCACGGUGCCCAAAAGAUUAGGGAAGCAAUUGAGUUGCUAAAUGAUGAGUACAUAAGGUCACAAUUGGACUUCAUUAGGUGCCAUGAGCAAUUGGAUAGGAUAAGGGCCUCGUAUUUGGACCAAGGGGAGCCAAAAAAUGCACCCUUUUAUGGAAACCCUAAUCUCACUAUUGUGAGUUGGAUGAGCAUGCCCGUUUAUGAGGCUGAUUUUGGGUGGGGGAAGCCGGGGUAUUUUGGUCCUGGUGCUGUGUACCCUGAUGGAAAGGCUUACAUUAUUCGAAGCUCGGAUGAGGAUGGCUCACUCGUUGUGUCGGCUCACUUGCAAACAGCACACAAGGAGCUUUUCAAAAAGUUCUUCUAUGAGGACAUAUGAGGAUUUUGUGAACGACUUUUUUUUUUUUUAUAUAUCUUAUGCUUGAUGCAUGCUAAUUUUCAUUUGUACAACUUGGUUUCGUCGUGUUUUGUGUUACUUUUUCUUUUGUCAUUGUUAAUUUAAUGAAAAUUUUGCCUUGUUUGGUAUAAUGUUGAUGAAA